GUUUUCAGAAGGAAUUCCCGGAACUCACUAAGAAAAUUUUAAAGAAGGUGCGGCAAGCUGAUGCCGAAAACUGGAACUUGGUGAGUGGUACUCAACACAAGCAUCAAGAUCAAGAUGUCGUGGAAGAAGCACCGUUGAACAUUAGAGUUGUCGAGUACCACCGACAGAUUGCUCCCUCACCUGGCCUCCCGGAUCCAUGGCACUAUGACCAGGACAGCGUGUUGACUUUGGACAUCCUGUUGUCCGACGCUGGUACCGAUUUUGAAGGUGGUGCGUUUCGAACUCUAGAGAGGGACGGAUCGUUCAAAGAGUACGCCUUUGGUGGAGGCAGCAGGCAGGUAGGCUCGACGACGUCAGCUGCUCGUCCACUUACCUCAGCGAUGACUGAAAGCAGCUCGUCGUCCUGCAAUAGAAGAGGAGACGCUUUACUUUUUGUGUCUCACAAGUACCACUGCGUGCAACCAGUUACGCGUGGGACUCGGCGCGUGCUAGUACUAGAGUUUUGGCGAUGGCCAGAACGUCGCUGCGGGCAUCGCUGUGAAGUCGCGGCGAUGCGACGAUGUCCUCGAGAAGCGCCGCUUGUCUCCUCCUCUUCUUCUUCUUGUUCUUCUUCUUGUUCUUCUUCUUCUUCUUCAGCUUUAAAGGUAGACAAUGAUCAUGGGAAUCUUGUUGGAGAUUCUCAGCAAGAAAAUAUUGGCUCUUGUGAUCUUCGACCCGAGCUUUGUUUGCGUGAUGAAGGCAACGUGGAUGUCUCAGCGUGUCUACCAUUGCCCAUGCGCCUAGGAAACGUUGCGAACAGUGAGGGGAGUAGUACAGUUAAGCGCAUUUUGUGGCAGAGCAACGAAGUUCAGGCAGGAAAGUUUACCGCACCAAAGGAGACUCUAGAUAAAGCUAACGAAGCAUGGGAUCUUUUUGACUGA